AUGGCAUCCUCAUCUACAGGUAUGUAUGUAUCUGUAGAUUUUCAUUACAAUGGAUUCUUUUCGCCAAACCCAUUGGUGUACUUAGACCCCGUAAAAACAAAUGUACGUGAUGUGGAUUUUGGGGGAUUUACGUAUAAAGAGUUUCUUUUGUGGCUUACGAAAUUAACAAAUGGAGAAUGUGAUAAUGUCUACUACUGUAUGAGAAAGGAAAGCUUGUGUGAGGGUAUUAGAAGAAUCGACAGUGAUGCUGAUUAUUGGGAGUUUGUGGAGACUGUUUAUAGUCUGGAGAGUGAUAGUCUUGAGAGUGAGUUAGAUGUGUACAUUGACCACCGAAAUGAACCAAUUCUUGAUUGGGCUGAUAACGAGUUCUUAGAAGAUGGUAAAGGGUAUGAGUUGGAUGAGUUGGAUGAAGAGGAUGACAAGGAUUCUGAAGUUUCAAUGAAAAUGGAAUAUGAACAUGAAUGGGAUGAUGAAGAUGAACAUACUUUUGAUAAAACUGUUAGAGACCCAUUCUUGGACAAACUUUCAGGGCAUAUUAGUGAUGAUGAUGAAGAGGAAGCAAACAAUGGGAAACUUAAGGAUGUUGUGUUCCCUGUCCAUAAUGAGAAUCAAGAAUGGGAGCAAAUGGUGCCAGUUUUGGGUAUGAAGUUUUCUAAUCCAUUGGAAUUGAAGUUGUGUAUCACCAACUAUGCAGUCAAAAAUGGAUAUGAUUUAUGGUAUGAGAAAAGUGAUCAUGAAAGGUUAUUGGGAUUACUUGAGGCUGUGAAGGAAAGGGUCCCAGCAGCAGAGCAUAGGCAAUGUGCUAGGCACAUAUGUGCUAACUUCCUGAAAAGGUUUAAGGGCCAAGUGUUUAGAAAGCUUUUCUGGCUGAAGUUGUCCAAGCUUAAGGAUCUUCAAAGGUUUUGGAAAGUAAUACCAUCUGGUUAUCAACAGUAUGAAGUCAGACUUGGGUAUGAUGCAUAUGUUGUGGAUAUUGGUAGUAGGACAUGUGCCUGCAGAACUUGGCAGUUAACAGGUUACCCUUGUGUGCAUGGGUAUGCUUGCAUUGCAAGCCUCAACAGGGAUGUAGAGGAGUAUGUGUCACCAUGGUUUACCACAUCAAUGUACCUAAACUGUUACAGGAAUACCAUUAACCCACUAAAUGGUAGUGACAUGUGGCCUCAUGUAGACUACAUCAGCCCAUUGCCCCCCAAAAGGAGAAGGCUACCAGGAAGACCAUCAACAAAAAGGAAAAGGGAUCAGAUUGAGAGGGAAAACCAAGGAAAAAAGCAUUCAAUCACAAAAAGAGGUAGUGUGAUGAAAUGCAGCAUAUGUAGGGAAAGUGGGCAUAAUAGAACAACCUGUCCUCAAAAACCAAUUGGGGAAUCAUCAAAUGCAAGUUCAAAGAAAAAGAAAUCCAAGAAAGCUGAUAAAGUGAAGGUUGUAUUGGCACAUGAAGUUGAUAUUGACAGUGACAGUGAAGUUGAAAUAGAACCUGAAAGUGAUGUUGACUCUUUUGAUCUUGAAUUUGAAGAUGAUGUGCAACCUGAAGUUGAAGAUGGAGUAGAACCUGAAGUCCAAGAUGGAGUGCAACAUGAAGUUCAAGAUGAAGUGCAAGCUGAAGUUGAACCUGAAAAUCAUCCUGAAGUUCAUGAUGCUAACCAAGUUGAAGUUCACCUUGCAGUUCAAGCUGAAGUUGAACCUGAAGUGCAAGUUCAAGUUGAAGAUGCUAACCAAAUUGUAGUUCAAGAUCAAGUGGAAAUACCAGCUUUUCAAGUUGUAGUGGGAAAGAGGGCAAGGAAACCUUCAGAAAGAAUUACAAAACUGAAGAUAAGAAAGAUGUGGGAGGGAAAACAGGGCAGUAGUGAUGACAAUCCGUAUGAGUUGGAUUAACUUUUGGCUUAUUGUACUGUUGUUAAUGUUUUUGGCAUCUUUGACUGACAUCUUUUAACUUUGGAAUCUUUUGGCACAUCUUUUGAAAACUAGUUGGAAUAGCUUAACUUUUUGCACAUCUUUUGG